CUUGCUUGGGCCUUGCACUCCAUCAUAUCUGGAGUUUCCGGCAACGAUUAUGAUUUCGGUGUUGAUUUGGUGUCUCUCACGCGACGACAAGACCCCAAUGCGCCCAUCGUCGUCAGCCGCUUGCCGCUGGCUGCCAAUGGGAGUAUACCCCUGAGACUCGAGAUCCGUGAUUUACAGGCAGACAAAUACAAGUGGGAUCUGUACGUGCUGGCGCUGAGUAUGUUUCAGUCAGUCGGCCAGGACGAUCCCUUGUCGUAUUACCAAGUAGCCGGGAUACACGGCGUGCCUUUUGCCACAUGGAACGGCGUUGAACCAGUAGCGGGCGCGAGCAUGUCGGGCUACUGUCCGCAUAGUUCUGUGCUGUUUCCAACAUGGCACCGGCCAUAUCUAGCCCUGUACGAGCAAGAGUUGCAUAAGCUUGCCGACGCCGUUGCUCGCAUGUUCAGCAACGCGACGGAACGUCUGCUCUACCAGCAAGCGGCCUCUGAAUUUCGGAUACCGUACUGGGACUGGGCAUCCCCUGCGCCAGCUGGCCAAAGCCACUUUCCUGAGAUAUUUUGGAAUUCCACAUUGACUCAAUACGGCCCCAACGGUGUUCAAGUCAUUCGCAAUCCAUUGUAUUCAUAUUCAUUUCACCCCCUUGAUGAGGACGCAUUCAUCUGGGCGCCGCUGAAAAGUUGGAAUGAGACAAAGAGGGCUCCAAACACACAAAUCAGUGAAACAGAGCCCCCUUCAAUGAAUGACCAAGUGAAUUCGGCUUUGCUCGCAAGACUGCCCGAGAUUCAGCAGCGGCUUUACAUAUUGUUCUCGAGUUAUCACGAAUUCGAUUCAUUUAGCAACAAAAACUAUGCUAUAUCCCAAAAUCUUAGUCAUCUGGACUCGAUCGAGGCUGUCCACGAUAUUAUUCACAUCUAUGGCGGAUCUAGAGGUCAUAUGACCUACGUUCCUCUGUCCUCAUUCGAUCCCCUCUUCUUUUUACACCAUGUAAUGACGGACAGGUUGAUAUCAAUGUGGCAGCUUCUCAAUCCUACGGCAUGGAUGACACCCCAAAUCUCAGGAGAGACGACUUAUACCGCGCUGAAAGGGACCAUGCAAAACUCCAGCACCCCACUUACUCCCUUCAUGUCUUCAGCCAGCGGUACGUUCUGGGACUCGGACAUGUCUAGAACGACUGAGGUGUUUGGUUAUGCGUAUGGAGACACAUCAGCUCUGUAUGGUGAUACCAAGAUCCCGCGAGACAAGCUGGUUAAGAAGAUCAACAACUGGCUUGGGAAAAACAGCCCGGCUAUGAUUCGGUUCAACAAGAGGCAUUAUACGGAAUGGAUUGCAAAUGUUCAUGUAAAUCAUGGCGCUCUGGACGGAUCCUUUACCGUUUAUUUCUUUGCUGGAGAGCCACCAGACGAUAUCCUCACCUGGGGCGUCGCCUCAAAUCUCAUAGGGUCG